ACAGAAACGUUUUCACGCAAUUUGACUUGUACAUCUGACACUUACAACAUCGCUUCGCCAAUUAAUGUGCGUGACAUCCGCUAUAUAAACCAACUGAGUGUUAAUUUUUGGAAUCCGAGGCAAUUGAUUUCACAACGAUACUUGCUUACCAGUUUUAAUGGAAUAUGUCAUCGAACAAACUCUAAGUCAAAUAAUUGUAUACGAAACCUAUUCUGUUUACUGAUCGACACCGUACUGCAAAAUUUAAGCAAUUUGGUGAUUUAAUGUCAUUUUCUGAACGAUUUUCAGCAUUUUAUGUGAUCGAAUUUUAAUGAUUGUUAGCAAAAUUAGUAUAGCGAUUCAAGAAAAACUGUCUUGCUUUUAAAGAUUAUAGCAGUUUAUCAAUAGCAGGAAACAUUCCAUUUAUGUAACUUUGAAUAGACAUGUUUCGAAACAAGUCUUUGAGAGAGAAAAAGGAACAGCGAGAUCGUCGGGCAAACGAAGGAGGCCUGAGUCCUGAUGGCACCUCUAGUAAAAGAUCGUCUGUUCGAAGGACAAUGUCAGGAAAUUCUGCAUCUGGAAUGUCGGGAAAAAGCUCCACUCAUGGAUCAAGGAAAAGUCCGCAGCCGGCAGAGGACGAGAUGAGUUUGCCAGCGAUGCCAGGCGGUGUUGAGCAGCUUUUUAUACAGGCCGUCCAAAGGGGUGACCGUAAAGCUAUAACGUUUGCUCUAGCCAACGCUCCGGAUCUCAAUAUAAACUGCGUGGAUUCUGAAGGGAAAACUGCUUUGGUGCUCGCUAUACAAAAUGGAAAUUCAGAUAUAGUGAAGAUACUUCUCGAUAACAAUAUUCAAUUAGGAGACUCGUUACUGAAGGCGGUUGAUGAGCAGUUUAUUGAAGGUGUCAAACUUAUAUGCGAACAUAGUAAAUCGAAGAACAUCCCAGAAGCUCUUGAAUGUCGCUCUCAAGAUGGCGACUUCCAUCCAGACAUUACUCCACUGAUUCUAGCUGCGCACCAUAACAAUUUUGAUAUCAUCAAGAUUCUGUUAGAGUUUGGUGCCAACAAAAUAGAUGCCAAACAAUUUGGUGAGUCUGAAAACAGCCACACCCUGCAACAUUCUGUCGGUAUGCUGAACAAUUAUAAAGCAAUGGCCAGUCAGGCUUACAUAUCACUAACUGCUGAGGACCCAUUUAACACUGCAUUUGAGCUUUGCGGAAAGUUGCGGCAGUUAAGUGUUAAGCAAUACGAAUUCAGUGAUCAGUUUAUUGAGUUGGCAGAUCAGUGUGAGACCUACGCCGCUGAUCUUCUUAAUCAAAUCCGAGAUUCAGACGAACAGAUGUACAUUCUCAAUCACGAUUCUUACGGUUGGGGAACACAAUCCGAAGAUCUUACUGUCAGUCAACCCAAUAGAGUUAAAGUUGCAAUUCAUUUCGAGCAAAGAAAGUUCGUUGCUCAUCCUCAUUGCCAGCAACGUUUGAUUGAGAUGUGGUUCCAUGGUCUUAAAGGCUGGAGAGAUCAAAGCAGUCUCCGCUCCACUCUCCUUACUAUCCUAAUGGCGGUUUCAUAUCCGCUGCUAUCAGUGGCCUAUAUGCUGUAUCCUAAAGGCAAACUAGGAAAACUCAUAAAAAUACCGUACGUAAAGUUUCUUUGCCACACAGCGUCGCAGUUAAGUUUCUUGCUGGUACUUCUCUGGCAGACUUUGACACAGAACAAGAUAAAGUCAGAGGAUGAAGAACAACGAAAACAAGAAAGUAAAUACGAAGCUAUAUGUAUGGUCUGCAUCGUCCUGUGGGUUGCAGGUAUGACGUGGCAGAAAUGCAAGGAACUAUGGUUAACUGGUACAAGAUUCUUCCAUAACUUGUGGAAUAUGUUCGAUUUCGUCACGCUGGCACUGUACUGGAGUGUGAUUGUACUAUAUGUAACGGUGUAUAUUCACGGAGACAGGCACAUUGAAGAAGGAACUGCGGAUGAUGGUAUACUGAGCCGGGGAAGUAGAGCAGAAACGUCAACAUUAGGCACCCCGAACAAUUCCAGUAUCAGCCCGUUCGAUGUAGGUGCCCCAGGCAUUCAAGUGAUAGUGUCGCAACUUGACAUGAUGUUUCAACAACUAACUGACAUGCAAACGGUGCAGAACGAUCUUGCCCAUUCUAUGAAUCAGUCAUUAGAUAAACUUAAUGAGGAUCUCACAAAGCACAUGUCUGGUUCCAAUUCAUACUCUAUUGGUAAAGAACGACAACACAUGGAAGAGUAUGAUCCCCGUCUUGUCGGCGAAGCCCUCUUUGCUCUUGCAAAAACAUUUAGUUUUCUGCGCAUGAUCUGUCUGACAGUGGUCAGUCGCUGGGUUGGACCUAUGCAGAUUUCUCUAGGAGGCAUGAUGUUUGAUAUAUUUAAGUUUUUGUUUAUUUUCUCUUUCGUAUGGUUUGCAUUUUCUUUGGGAAUGAAUCAAAUUUACUGGUAUUAUUCAACUACCUCCACAAUGCCAUUUGGAACUGUAACAGAUACCAUGGCGACGUUGUUUUGGGCACUGUUUGGUCUGCCUGAUCUUAAAAUUAUUAGUUUACCAGAUAAAGAAGUAAAACAUCCCUUUACAGAAACAGUAGGAUCAUUGUUAUACGCUACCUACCACGUGAUUGCUAUUGUUGUCCUGAUGAAUGUUCUCAUCGCUAUGAUGAGCAACACAUACACAAGAGUUGAGAUGGACGCAGACAUUGAAUGGAAAUUCUCACGUUCGAAACUUUGGAUGAGCUACUUUGAUGAGCUUGGUACCAUUGCUCCUCCCUUCAACAUCAUUCCGACUGUCAAAUCAAUCAAGAGGGUAGUUAUGUGGUUUUGUGGAAAUGUUUGCUGUCGUGAUGACGUGAAAAAACAGUACAAGAUGAAGUUGAAAACAAUAUUAGAAGAACGCCAAGCAAGAUUUAAGGAGGUAUCUUUAAAUCUGGUGAAGCGAUACCAGUUCGAAAAGCGACACCAAGAAGACGAUGAUGAUGAAGCUAAUAUUUUGAACGAGCUUAAACAAGAUAUAUCAGGUUUUAAAUACGAUAUGUUCGAAGCCCUCAAUGAAAUGGACAAGAAGAUCAAACAAGUCGAUGCCAAAGUUAAUAACAAGGAGAUUGAUGACGAUGACAUUGGCCUUGGGGGAGAAAUGUUCAAGGCCUUGAAAUCAGCAGUGAAGGAAGAGGAAAUAUAUGAUUCUAUUGAAUCGUUAAAUUCGGGUUGUUCAGGUCAGAUGUUGGACAUGAAAUCUAAGCCUAAUAACCCUGACUGGUUCGUAGAGGAAGAUGAUAUGGAUAUGUCGACAGCAAAAACUCCCAUUAGGGAGAAACAGACAGACAGCACAAAACGGGAACAACCGGGAUUGGCAGGGCAGUUUCAGUAUAUUGACGAUGAAGAUGUUCUUGGUCUUCAUCGAAACACUAGUGUCUGAUUUCCUAAUCAACAUAAUUAUGUAAAGGACACUGAAAAUGCUUCAACCCAAUUUUCUGAACAAUACAGUUGCACCUCAUUUAGUUGAUUUACUCUCCAACAUUAUGAAUAACAAUUACAGGUUCAUGUGACAUCAUGGCAGUAUCAGCGUUUUCUCGGGCUAUCGCAAGAACUGUUAUUUCUGCAUGGUGUUUUAAUCCAGCGGGUUUCUUCUUUUUUUUUUAAAUAUUCCCACUGUGGUAUGAUAAUCUUUAUUGCAUCAUAAAACACGAUAUGCCUACUAAUCCUCAAGCGGGUAGGCCUAGGCUAAAGUGACGCAGUUAGCCCUCGCUGCAUACCACUUGCCUCAUAAAGUAGACAGCUUAUAUCGUAGAAAGUAGAAAUUACACCAGAACGUUUGCUAGUUUAGUGAUCUUUUUAAGAAGUGUGAUUGAAAUGAUAUCAGGGAUAAUGUUACUUUUUUUUACUACUCAGUGUACGUAACUACUGGGAGUAAACGAACUGUUCGUAUGUAUUGAACAUAAACGAGUAAAGAAGGCUUAGCUUUCUGUUUCAAUACCAUUGAUAUUUUUAAGGAGUUAAUUAAUGUCGUCAUGUCAGUAAUUACUAAGGCCUGAAUGGUAAAACAUUAGCAAAUAUAUAAUACCUCCCCUAAAUAUGGACGGACGGUUUAGCAACUACGAUCAUCAUCACUACCACAAUCGUUGUUGGUAUGCCCUCCUCCGAGAAAAGGCAUUAAGUACAUUUUUAUCAAAGUUGAAUUGUUUGGCUUAUGUGACUCUUGGAUGUAUAAUCUAUCGCCUUAGUCUGGAAAUAUGAAUUUUUAUUUUAAAAUUGGGCAUUAUCUGCAAAUUUCACUACAAAUACUCCAAGAAAAGGCAUUUUGUGCUUGAUUUCACGCAAGAUAGAUAUUAAUUAGCCAAUCAGAUGCCAGUAUAAUGAAUAUCUAAUUAACUAGCUUGGAAUCAUCAACAGAAUGCCUAGUUAGUAAUUGCUUUAUUGCGAAGGAUACUGUGUACUUUGUCGAAAUGGCGGCAAGUUACAGCGCAAGUCUUUUGGAGGAGUAAAUACAAUAUUAACUAUUUUAUUCUGUUUGUGUACCUAUUAAGUAGUAAAUUUAAAUAUUAUUAUUAUUUAGUAGUAUUAUUUUUAGUUUUAUCGACAUGGUAUGUUUUGUUUCACUUAUUACUUCAUGGACAUAAUGAGUGCCACUGUUGCAAAAGUGUUGAUCCAAAUUAAGAUUAUUAUAACUUAAUAAAUAUAAAUAUAAUUUUUAUUAAAAAUUAGCACAAUAUGUCUACAUAGAUUUGUUUUAGUUAUAUUUGAAUUGGUUAGUUAUCAAUAAACUUUGACAUAGACAUUUAUAAUGCUUUGUCUAUGAUGAUGAUCACCAUCGAUAAUGAUAAGGAUGACGAUGAUGAGGAGGAAUAGGAGGACGAGGAGGAAGAAGAGAUAAAAAAUAUGAUGAUAGGCUAGUUACCAAACCACAAAUAAAAUAUUUUGAUAAACCUAAAAUUCUAAGAACAGUGCAAGCUAGCCUACGCUUACCCCACACAGCACCGGCUCCUCCCCCAUAAUGAUCCAACCCCUCACCCACACCAUAACUUCCUCAUACACACAAUUAUAUCCAGCAUUUUAUAAUGUCAGCAUAUACUAUCCUCCUAAUUUUUGCACUCAAUCUAUGGAUUUCAUACAUACACUUCGGUUUUAAAACAUUGAAUAAAAGAUUUCGUGGUUUUCAACUAUUUGAAUAUUUUUAAAAUAUUAAUUUUUUUUGUGGGGGGGCAACAUUUUUUUAAAAAUAUCAUGUUUUAAAUUACAGUAAUAGAUUAGAUUUCAUAUACAUUUCAAUAAAUAAAUUAUUCAUGUAUGUUUAUAAAUAUUUUUGCAGAUAAUGCCCGAUUUCAUAGUCAUAAAUAGGCCUACUCCGAAAAAAGGCAUUAUCUUCAUUUUGACCCCUUAAUAAAAAAAAAUUAUUGAUUAAAAGUAUGUGGCGAAAUUUUUUAAUAAUAUAUCUAAACAAACCAUGGUUUUAAAAAAUUGAAAUCAUUUGUACUUUUCUUGGGAAAAACUCGAACGCGUUUUGCUCUUUUACUCAAAACUAUGAUUUUGUUACUUAAUGCCUUUUCUCAGAGGAGGAUUUUUCUCAGAGGAUGAUUAACAUCAUCAUUGUCAUUAUUAUUGUUUUGAAAUACGUUUAAAUUGUUGUUCUCCAAACCGAUUUGCUGUAGUUUAUGAAAAUCGGUCUACAGUAUUAGUAGGCCUACUUUAUUGCUAGGUUUACACAACAAGAGAUUGUUGUAAAAGGAUUCACAAUAUUUCCAUUUAACUGAAGUCAGCUUUUCAUGAUCUUUGUUACAAUACAUCUAAAAACUUAUUCCGUUGUUGUUGAUCAAUUAUUGAAUGUGGAUGUAAAAGUAUAUGUUGUUUAUUAACCAGAUAUAGGCCUAGCUGUAAACGGAGUGAAUGUAUUAUUUACUCAUCUAUGCCGUCAAUGCGUAAAAAUCGUACAAUAUUACGAUAUUAAUACACAGUGACGAAAUAGUACAAACUAAGCAAAAUUGCUACUCUUCACUCCAGUACCAUUCAACGUUGCUGGAAUAAAAUGGUAAUUGAUAUCUUGUACAGAUGUAACGAUGUCUAAUUAUUUCCAUGACAUAUUAAAAUGUUAUUAAAUCCAGCUGUUCUUCGAAAUUCUUACAUUAGCGUAGUCGUCAAUUUCAGAACAUUGUACUGUACAUAGAUUGAGCCUAUAUUAUUUGAUAUAUGUACCGGUA